CUCCCUCUCUCUGCUCUCUGUCUUUGAAUCAUCUAUAUUAGUGACAGUUCAUUAGUAUGAGGAGAAAGCUGCUAACACCCUUUUGUGGAGUAGAACUUGUUCACUGUGCUUUUUAAAUGUGUAUGGUCAUAUUUGCUCCGAUCUUUGCCGUCUGUGCAUUUGCAACAUGUGGAGGGUACUCUGGUCACCUGCGGGUUAGAGUGGAAUGUCUGGACAAGAGCCAGAGCAACCUUAGCAUCACAGUAAACUUUGCCUAUCCCUUCAGGUUACAGCAGGUCCAUUUCCAGCCCACGCUGUGUGAGAGGAACAGACAGGAGAGCAUCUUCCUAGUCGGAGACUAUUCCUCCUCAGCUCAGUUUUUUGUGACUGUGGCUGUCUUUGCCUUCUUCUACUCCCUGAUGGCCACCGUAGUGUACAUCUACUACCAGAACAAGUAUCGCGAGGGUAACAGAGGACCGUUGGUGGACUUUGUAGUGACCGUGCUGUUCGCCUUCAUGUGGUUGGUGAGUUCCUGUGCUUGGGCAAAAUCUCUGUCUGAUGUAAAGUCAGCCACUGAUCCCAACCAGGUCCUCCUGCUAAUCUCUGCCUGCAGAUACCCGGCCAACCGGUGUUCAGCUUCCCACCACCCAGUCUGGUCUGAGCUCAACACAUCUGUGGUUUUUGGUUUUGUAAACUUUAUCCUCUGGACCGGCAACAUCUGGUUUGUCUUCAAAGAGACAGGCUGGUACAAGACUGGCCAGAGGUACCCAAUGAGAAGCGCCUCUGGGAGACGGGCCAAUGGGAUGAGCCAACGGCUCUACAGCCAAAGCAGUUUCGACCAAUCAGGGGACAGCUUCUAUCAACAUCCAUACAGGCAGGCUAGUUUUGAUCAAUCACGGGAGAGCUUUGGCCAGCAGCACUACAGCCAAGGUAGCUUCAACCAAUCAAUAGGGAGCUUCCGCUUGCCACAGACCCGUCUAGGACAGCCAAUCAUCAUUAGUCAGGGAGAUGUCACCUCUAAAGGGCUUAAUCCCAUGAUAUUUGUCAAUGAUAUUUAGAUCACAUUUCAUAUAUAUUUUCCCCUCAUCUACUUACCCUCACAAACUUAACUAGAUCUGAAAAUACUUGCAUAUUGAUACCUGACCAUAAGCAGGGUUGGAUAUGUGACUGUCUAAGUGAAAUAUGUUGCAGUUACUAGUUAUCUGUCUUAAAAUUUUCAUCAGUAACAUUACUUUUGGAUUGCCCAAAUUCAGUAACGUAAUCUGAUUACCUUCAGUUACUUUUGGAUUACUCUGCCAUUAAGAGGCAUUUGAAGAAAACAAAAAGGAUCCAUCAAAUGCAUUUGGUGAGUCAUCAUAGGGGUCUCUGACUUGUGGUCAGACUCGCUCAGGUGGAACAAACUUAAUUGAAUGUCAUUGAGAAACAGAAAGGUGUCUGUCACGAAUAUUACCGAAGGUGACUCCCCUUCUUGUUUGGG